UCCCAAGCCUGUUUUGGUUUUGACUUGGCUCUCCUCUCUCAAGAUUCAAGAAAAAUCACAGGGGAGCGGACUGACUGCUACUUGUUCUGGAAAACACCUGAAUUUGCCGAGAAAAUAUAAUAUUGAAAAUUUCCGAGUCAACAAACAACAACGAGGAAAAAACAGGAACAACCCAGAAUUUCAAUUUCUAGGCGCUUCGGCAUGCACUUCCUCGGGACUUCUCUUAUCUCAGGAGAGCGGGUCAGGGUGGUGGAUAUGCUUUUUCUUCUGUCCUUUCAAGUUGAACAAUAGACAAGCAAAUGGGUUUUUCUCGAGUUUUAAAUUCAGAAAGUUGGCAUUAAUUUUUGGGUUUGGUAGCGGCUUUCCCAUCUGGGUUUCUCAAUUUGGGUCAAAAGAAAGAGUUCCUUUACUGGGUUUGGUAUGAAAACACAAGGGACGCGUAGAUUUUUUACAUAAAUGAGGAAGAAGCUGAAAAAGGGGAUCUCUUUUUCGCUUGAUUUUGAGUUGAGACCUUAAACCUUGGUCUGUUUGGUGUGUAUUUGGGAUGGGUUUCUACAUCUGGUGUUUGUGUUGAUGAGACUUGAGAGUAGGUAUUAUUUGAAGUGGUUUUUAUUUUACCCCCUUUGUAGCUGUAGGUUGGAGUUAGAUAGAGAUAAUGAAGCCUCGCUUAUAUUCUGGACAAGGCGUAGAUGAGCUUCUGGGUCGGUACAAAACUUCACUUCCAAGCUUUCAACACAUUUUAGGAUUCUGGGAUUUCUUUUAGAGGUCGUCUUUUGAUGGAUAGUGAUUAAGGGCAUCUGCAACACAUUUUAGGAUUUCUAGAAGGCGACAUUUUGUUCAUCUGUGUAAAUUAUGAUUAAACAGAUUCUCAGUAAGCUUCCCCGGAAGCCAUCUAAGACAAGUGAAAAUCGUGAGCUAGGUGGAACUGGGAGUCCCUCUUCAAAAGCUUCUACGAGUUCCAGACGGAGCGAUUUAGGGACUAGCAGUAGCUGGUUUGGAAACCCAAACACUGCUUCUGUCCCUUCCUCAAAUUCUGCUUCAAAUUCAGGACAAAACCCUGGGAACCGAAUUACUCAAGGUUUAAACUCAAAGCUGAAUGGGGCUUCUGCAGUUUCUUCUUACGAAGCAUUGCCGGGGUUUAGGGAUGUUCCAAGCUCGGAGAAGCAGAUUUUGUUUAUGAGAAAACUCAACUUGUGCUGUGUUGUGUUUGACUUCAGUGAUCCAACAAGCAAUCUCAAAGAAAAAGAGAUCAAGAGACAGACAUUGUUAGAGUUAGUGGACUAUGUUACUUCUGCAAAUGGGAAAUUUACAGAAACUGUCAUGUUGGAAGCCAUCAAGAUGGUUUCUGCAAAUCUAUUUAGGGUGUUCGCUCCUCAACCACAUGAAACCAAGGUCUUAGAUGCCUUUGAUUUGGAGGAUGAGGAGCCUUCGAUGGAUCCUGCUUGGCCUCACUUGCAAAUAGUUUAUGAAUUUCUGUUGAGGUUUGUUGCAUCUCCUGAGAUGGAUACAAAAUUAGCCAAGAGAUAUAUUGAUCACUCCUUUGUUCUGAAGUUGCUGGAUUUAUUUGACUCUGAAGAUCCCAGAGAGAGGGAAUACUUGAAAACAAUUCUGCACCGCAUUUAUGGAAGAUUUAUGGUACUUCGUCCAUUCAUAAGGAAAUCUAUGAAUAAUAUAUUCUAUCAGUUUGUUUUUGAAACUGAGAAGCAUAAUGGGAUUGCCGAGCUUCUGGAGAUUUUAGGUAGUAUAAUUAAUGGGUUUGCUCUGCCACUGAAAGAAGAACACAAACUAUUUCUUGUUCGUGCUCUGAUGCCCUUGCACAAACCAAAAUGCUUACCGAUGUACCAUCAGCAAUUAUCUUACUGUAUCACUCAAUUUUUGGUGAAAGACUGUGAGCUUGCUGAUGCUGCUAUAAGAGGUUUAUUAAAGUAUUGGCCAAUCACAAAUAGUUCAAAGGAAGUCAUGUUCCUAAGUGAGUUGGAAGAAGUUUUAGAAGCAACUCAGCAGGUGGAAUUCCAGCGUUGCAUGGUCCCCUUGUUUCGCCAAAUUGCCCGUUGCUUGAACAGUUCUCACUUUCAGGUGGCAGAGAGAGCUUUAUUCUUAUGGAACAACGAUCACAUAGAGAACUUGAUCAAACAAAAUCGCAAGGCUAUACUGCCCAUAAUUUUCUCUGCCUUGGAGAGGAAUUCUAGAAACCAUUGGAAUCAGGCUGUUCAUAGCUUGACAUUGAACAUUCGCAAAAUUUUCUGCGAUCUUGAUCCUGAAUUAUUUGAGGAUUGCCUGCUGAAAUUUCAGGAAGAUGAAUUGAAGGAAGAUGGGAUUAAGGAAAGGCGUGAAGCUGCAUGGAAGCGCUUAGAUGAACUUGCUGCAAAGAAGAAAGCUGCAAGUAAUGAAGCAGUGCUUGUUUACCGUGCGGUACCCUCUCGAACCUUGUCGGGUUGAGUAGAGCUGUUAUGUUCAUUGGUAGUAACAAUGACUUCAUUUUUUUGAUUGAGAUGGGAGCAUAAAGUCUGUGGAACAGUUUAGGAGGUGGAAUGCUCUUGACAUUGUUUUUUAGUUCUCACAUAUUCUUCACCUACUACUUUGGAAGGAAAUUUUGGACUGUAGGAUGUAUAAUAAUUGUCUGGUCAAUAAGAAAAGCCCAACAACAAAUAUUUUCUUCA